AUACUGUUAAAAAGCACCGUGCUUUUUAACAGUAAAGCUUCUGGAAAACCCAAACAAAAGACACGUCACCCGGUGACGUCAGCCUAUAUACAGUUCUGUGUGGUCGCAGCACAUAAGCAAAUCCAUUCUUGUGCCGUUUCUCAGAAAGGCUUUUCAGUAAAUGCACUCAUGCUGCUCCAGGAGCUCUUCUCUGCAACAAGCCGCCCAUCUGCCAUCAACAAGUUAAGACCAACAGAACUAACGGCUGCAGAGAAGAGACUGAAGCUUUGAUGACCGGCAGUCGUUAGAGGAGGAGAAAAUUAGUAACUUAUACCAUUAAACCUAUUUAGGAGAGCAGAGCACCACAAAAAAUGAAACCAAUGCUUUCCAGAGGAAUAUCCUAAGGAAAAAACAACUCACUCUGACGGAUUCAAUUUUACUAGGAAAGCUGGAGAAACAGAACAGAAAACUGGUCAAAGGCUCCUGCAUAUUAGAGCCUUUUACAGACUCACUGCGUUGAGUCUGACAACCUCGACUGAAUGCAGCCUCCAAUGUGCUCAGAAGAAUGGGCUUACAUUUCAAGUGGCCAUUAGGGGCCCCUAUGCUGGCAGCAAUAUAUGCAAUGAGUAUGGUUUUAAAAAUGCUGCCUGCCCUGGGUAUGGCGUGUCCACCCAAAUGCCGCUGCGAGAAGCUGCUAUUCUACUGCGACUCUCAGGGCUUCCACUCAGUGCCAAACACCACAGACAAGGGCUCUCUGGGCCUGUCCCUGAGGCACAAUCACAUCACAGAGCUUGAAAGAGAUCAAUUUGCCAGCUUCAGUCAACUUACCUGGCUCCACUUAGAUCACAAUCAAAUUUCAACAGUAAAAGAAGAUGCUUUCCAAGGACUAUAUAAACUUAAGGAAUUAAUCUUAAGUUCCAACAAAAUAUUUUACUUGCCAAACACAACUUUUACCCAACUGAUUAACCUGCAAAAUUUGGACCUGUCUUUUAAUCAGCUGUCAUCUCUGCAUCCAGAACUCUUCUAUGGCCUUCGGAAGCUGCAGACCUUGCAUUUACGUUCCAACUCCCUGCGGACUAUCCCAGUACGCUUGUUCUGGGACUGUCGUAGCCUGGAGUUUCUGGAUUUGAGCACAAACCGUUUGAGAAGUUUGGCUCGCAAUGGAUUUGCAGGAUUAAUCAAACUGAGAGAGCUUCACCUAGAGCACAACCAGCUGACGAAGAUUAAUUUUGCUCAUUUCCUCCGGCUAAGCAGUCUGCACACGCUCUUCUUACAAUGGAACAAAAUUAGCAACUUGACAUGUGGGAUGGAAUGGACCUGGAGCACUUUAGAAAAGCUAGACCUGACUGGAAAUGAAAUCAAAGCCAUCGACUUGACAGUAUUUGAAACGAUGCCUAAUCUUAAAAUACUCCUCAUGGAUAACAACAAGUUAAACAGUCUUGAUUCUAAGAUUUUAAACACCCUGAAAUCUCUCACAACCGUUGGCCUCUCUGGCAAUCUGUGGGAAUGCAGCCCCCGAAUAUGUGCUCUUGCCUCCUGGCUGGGCAGUUUCCAAGGUCGGUGGGAGCAUUCCAUCCUAUGUCACAGCCCUGACCACACCCAAGGAGAGGAUAUCCUAGAUGCAGUCCAUGGAUUUCAACUCUGCUGGAACUUAUCAACCACUGUCACUCCCAUGGCUACAACUUACAGAGAUCCAACCACUGAAUAUACAAAAAGAAUAAGCUCAUCAAGUUACCAUGUCGGUGACAAAGAAAUCCCAACUACUGCAGGCGUAGCAGUUACUACAGAGGAACACUUUCCUGAACCAGACAAUGCCAUCUUUACUCAGCGGGUAAUUACAGGAACAAUGGCUUUAUUGUUUUCUUUCUUUUUUAUUAUUUUUAUAGUGUUCAUCUCCAGGAAGUGCUGCCCUCCUACUUUAAGAAGAAUUAGGCAGUGCUCAAUGAUUCAGAACCACAGGCAGCUCCGAUCCCAAACACGACUCCAUAUGUCAAAUAUGUCAGACCAAGGACCGUAUAAUGAGUAUGAACCCACCCAUGAAGGACCUUUCAUCAUCAUUAAUGGUUAUGGACAGUGCAAGUGCCAGCAGCUGCCAUACAAAGAAUGUGAAGUAUAAUAUCUACCCAUCAUCAAAAAAAUCACAUCAGAUAAGUAACCUAUUUUACAUAGUAGGGGGCUAAAUACAUAUCUAAUUUUUACCAAUGGUGACAUUAAGCCUAAUUUUCCAAACCAAGUGGAGACUUAGUUUUUGAAGUGUUGAAGUAUUUUUAAUUUUUUAAUGAAACCAUAUUUUAAGUGUUUAAUGAAGCAUUGCUCACAUUAACUUGCACUCUUGUUGUAAAGUCUAAAAUGCUUCAAAGUAAGACAUUUAAUGUAUGUAAUUAUAUACUAUUGUGUGUAAACAUUUACACUAAGGUCUCCAUUUGCUAUUAUUUUCUACUGAAAAUAGCUGGGAAAGAAGCUACUGAACAGAAACAGAUAAAGAUCAAUACCUGUUUGAUCACUGCUCUCCAUCUCAUGUAACACACUGGCUUGCUGCAAAGUUCUCUUGUAUAAUAUGGUAUUUACUCAAAUCUACAAUACUGCCAGUGUAAGAAGCAGAAUUACAUGUAUUGACCGGCAAAUAUUAAACACCCUUCCUCCAGAAUUUUUGCCUGGUUAGUAGAUAUUAUUAAAGUCCACAUCAUGAAAUCAGCAGUCUUUAUAUAACUCUAAAGCUGAGGGACUAUUUAAUAUAUUUAAACAAUGAAUCCAGGUGAUUGUAAAAAAAAAAGGGCCUCAUUAAAAUCAAUACUAAAUAAUAAUUUCUUAUCAUAAAUCUCUAAUUUGACAUGUAAUAGAAAUGCUGAUUUCUGUGGCAUUUAUCCUAUUUUAAACUAGUAUUAAAUUACCAUUUUACUAAUUAAUUUACUAACUCCUAUAUUUACAUUAAUAUGUGGAAAAAUUAGAACUUACUUGCGGUGAGAAAAGAGAUAAACUGAGUCAGUUUAACAAUACUGACAUCUUCCUUUCAGUUUGCAAACUCUCCUCCUUCUCAAUCUCUGUCACAAUCCAUCAUCAAAGGAUGCCUGACAAAGGGGUCAGUUAAAUCGCUUUCCGCUGCCUUUUCCUGAUUUUUAAAUGUUUAACUUAAAAGAGCCCAAUUAAAAAUAACUGGCUACCAACAGGCACAAUCCUGAUUAUUGUUACAGUAUAAAGGAACCAUGAAAAAAAUCAUUUUCUAAGUAUUACAUGCUAAAUUUUGACCUUUCAAUAAGGAUACCCAUUCUUUGCGUGGUUCCUUCUAAGAGACAGAAAGAAUACAUUACUGAAGUGAAUCUUAUGGUAGAACAUUCAACAUGCCUAUGUAGCUACAAAGCAGUAAAUGGAAGGCAGCAAAAAGGUAACAGGAUGAAAAGCAAAGAAAGCUUUUUGAAACCUGACUCUGGUUUGUUGAAGUUACUAAGCUGCACACAAUGAUCAUAACACAAUCUGCACAAACAGGGCAAGGCUUUGGGACCUGUGUUGAAAUAUGAAGAGGGGGAGGUUCUCCAGUGUAAAUAUAAACAUCCCAUAAUAAUAAGUGGUAACAAUGCCACAUUUUCAUGCAGAAAAGAACCAUAAGUAUUCAAUUUCUUCUAUGAUUUUUAUGGGAAAACUAUGACAUAUUUGGGACUUUAAUGUAAGUUACCAAUUCAUAAAAUUUUUCUAUUAAGAAGGUUCUGUCUAUGUAAAAAACUAAAAUUAGAGCACUACCUUCACUUUAGGGGAAAAGAUGGGGCUUUUUUGCAACUGUCAUUGUAUAUGAGAAGGUAUAAAAAUCCUCAGAGGAGAGAGGGAGGAAAGAGACAGAGACUUUUCCUUAACAUGUAUGUCAAUCUCCCCUUCACUCAAGGCAUAUUUUCUUCACAAGAUUGAACUGUGAACAAGAAAACAUGUUACGACUAUAGUUUAGCCCUUAAGAUCUAAUUAUGAAUUUCUCCUUUAAUACUGUAAAGGGUACCUAUAUUUCAAAGAUAAUGUGUCUCAGUAUAAUGAAAAUAUGCUCUACAUUUUUUAAAUGUAGGCAGACUAGUUUGGCAGAGCCUCAGCUCAGUUCAAUUACUUGAUUUAGGUGAUGCCAUCUCAUCUCAUGUUAUAGAGACUUUGGGCAUGCUAGGGCAGCAGCAGAUUUUCCAGCACAGAGAGCAUGCAGUGCAAUACUUCCCCACAGAGGGCGAGGAUCAGAAGCCCCUACUACUAGUGAGAACUCCGUGGGUUAAAACUCACCAACCCAUUUACCAGGGUGGCCAGUCAUUUGUCAGGUGAGACACAGCUGUUUCACAAUACCACUUUAAGCAUAUAAGGUUCUGUGAGCCCUGAAGGGUAGUGGAGGAAUAUUUCUAUCAUUUCAAACCACACCAAAAUGCUUUCAAACUAUGAGUAGAAGGGUAAGAAAUAUAAAAUGGGAAUCUCUACAUUAAUCCUAAAAGACAGUUAGUAAAAUAGCCCAUCAAUUGGCAAGACCCUUCAUGUGUGGAAUUUAGUCAUUCAGGGGGAACAGCACUGCCAAAGCCACUGAGGCAUACUUUUCAGUUGAAAAAUAACUGAUUUUUGUAACCCUCCACAUUUUUCAUAAUGCCUACUGAGGAAAGUGAAUGACAGUACCAAACAGAUAUAUUCCUUUCUUAUUUAAAGCACAAACUACCUUUUUAACUGCCUCUAGAAGGCAGGAUUCCAUUUGAUUGUUGCCUAUUUGUAUAUCAGCACAGGUUUUAAAAUGAGAUUGUUAGUCAUCUGUGCUCUCUUUACCAACUGGCCAGGGUGGAAAAGCAUCACAGAGCACUGCAGAUCCUGGCUACCAUGUCAGGGUUUUUUUGUUUCUUGGUAGGGUUUUAUCCUUUUUGUCAUCACCAUCCAUAUUUUCAAGGUUAGAGGAAAAUGACUAUCAAGAAGCAGAGAAAUAACCAUUUUCCUGGGAACACUGUGAGCUAAAGAAGACUAUCAUACAUAGCAUGUCUACCUGGGAACCAAGAAAUAGUUGGCAGUUGUUUCUACCCUUUUCUAUAGCUUGUGAGGGAUUUCUCAUCUUUCUGGAUAGUGGGCUUAUAAAUUUGCAAAUCCACGAACAAUUCUGCCUUACUACCAGCAUCAAAAAGCAAAGAUACUAAUUUUUAAGCCAAAAAUCUGUACUAACACAUGUCAUUUCUUAAUGUGCCUUAGUUAAUUUCUGUACCAAUUCAAUGAAUGAGAUUUACUGAACUUCCCAACUCCACUAAUUAUUAAAAUCCAUCUGCUUAUUCUAAUGCUAGUCAUCAAGAGCUAGACUCCAUCUUCCCAAUAAAAAUGAGUCCUAUGUAGCACUAGGUCUGAAUUACAAAAUACAGAACAUAAGUAUCAUUUUCUUAAAGCAUACUUCCUACACAUAGCUAUCAGGGGAGAAUAGCUAUACAUUCUCUAUUUCUUCUCUCUCUCUCUCUCUCUCUCUCUCUCUCUCUCUCUCUCUCUCUCUGAAGUAUAAAUAGUAAAAAAAAUUCUUCUUUAAAGAAUAUUUCUAACAGCUGACUUAUAUGAUCAUGUUCGUAAUACAGCAAUACAGUGACAGACCUAUCUGGAAAGUCUGUUUUCUUUUUGUAUCCUAUUGGUUAAAGUGCUUGAGCUAGAAAAGGAAAAAGAAAAAGAAGAUAAGGUCAUCCAUGUAUAAUUAACAAUUUCUAAUCUUGGGCAAAUUCAUAAUACUUGAAUAUCUGGCCAAAAAUAAACAGAAAAUGACUGUUUAAGCUUUCUUCCUGCUAUUGUGAACAACUGGAAACAUCUGCAACUCCUUCAACUAACAUUUUCUUCCUUGAUAAAAAAAAAGUCUAAUAUAUGGAAUGUUUGGUAAACCUCAACACUUGAGACUUGAAAUUCCAAGUACAGUCCAAACAUAUUGUGUUCAAUCGCCUUCAAGAGCCAUGGGGGGAGGGGGGAACAGAUGGGUUGGGGGGGAGAAAAUACUAUUUGGAGGAUGUCAAGGGUGGGUAACAUUAAGUACAGUGUACAGGAAAGUUUUGUUAUUAAAAUUGUGUAUACUGUAAAAAGUGAAAGUCUUUUUUUUUUUUUAACUCUUCCCAAAUAAUCUAUCAAUACUGACAAGACUGUGACAGACAAGAACCUUUAAAAGUUUUUGUGUUAUAUUCCUCUAUAAUAUUACCUAUCUUUAUUCACAGGCUGAAAAAGGGGUGGUGCUGGUGGGGCACCUCUUAUGCAGCUGGACAGAAAGUAGGGCUUGCAGGCCCUGGGACUGACUGCUCCUCUCCUCUCAAUUCUCUGGCACAACAGACUGCCACAAUAGCCUGCACCCAGAUACAUGCACCUAGCAAAGAGUAUCACCUGACACACUGCUAUUGGAAAGUCCACAGGAGCUGAAUCACACUGGGACCACUAGGUGCCCUCUAUGACCUAUUCUACCCUGGAUGCCAGCUCAGUGGAUAUAGAUAGGAAAAUGAAGGAAAGAUUUUAACAGCAUUCUUCAGUUGACAGAGAUAUAAACACCCUCACACAAGAAGCUAUGUCUGAGGGGCUGGGGAUUUAGCUCAGUGCCAUAAGUGCCUGCCUUCCAAGUGUGCGGUCAUGAGUUCGAUCCCUGGUACUGAUUUAAAAAAAAAGAAAGAAAAGAAAAGAAAAAGGCCAAAAAAAAAAAAAAAAAAAAAAAAAAAAAAAAAAAAAAAAAGACGCUAUGUCUGGGCAGCACUGGGACAGAAACUAUACGGACUUCCAGGAGGUGACUGCCAAGAGUUUACCAUACUUGCCAGGACUCCCUUCCUGCAUUCUGGCAGCACAGCAGUACUAUAGUACCAGACGGAGGAAUAAACAAGGCCAACGUUUUCCUAACACCCAGGAAAGCUGGGAUCAGAGAGGCUGAGACAGCUCUCACAUGAGGAACCUUAGCUGUAACUAAUGCAGAGGCAGGAAGCACAGCACACAAUUUUACUGUCAAGCUCAUCCAGUUUUCACUUGCGAGUUACAGGUGGGAAACUCCCCCACUUUAUGGAGUUAAAAUCAAGGCUUAAUACAUUUUGAUCUUGAAAAAUCCCAUGUAAAGCUACAUUUUAUUUAUAAGUUAAUGUAAUUAAUUUUGCCUGUAUGUCCAUAGCAUUCUUAGGUUUCUACUCGAACACAUAAUAGAUUUUUAUAAGGUCUACUUAAGGAAAUCUUUCCCCUACUUCUUUAAAUAUACCUAACAGCUGGUACUCAAGUCUCCCUGAAUAGAUAAAAUGUACUACAAAUUAUCUUUACAGAGGGAGAAAGGAAGAAGAGGUGAAGGCCACGUCUAUUCUAAACAUCUGUUCUUAGCAUGAGGGUGAUUUUCCUCCUCUCACUAUGUUUCCAGAAUAUUCUUAUAGGUCAGAUCUUGAAGUUCCUCCCCCACUACAUAAAAGCAGCAUUAAAAAGAGUAAGAAACCUCCAAGGCAAGUACAAGGAAGCAUCUUAUCCUGCCAAGUUCCCCAAUUAAAGAUAGCCCACCCCCUCCUUUCAUGGAGGCUUGACGACAAAGUCUAGUACCAACUUCCAACCCAGGAACUCUGCUAGAAACAGCAUAAACAACAACCCUGAUGGGCAGAGGCCUAUGGCCCAUCCCUUAUAUGGGCACCUCUUUUUUUUUUUCUUUUCUUUUUUUGAGAUAGGGUCUCACUGUUUACUUCUGACUGACCUUGAACUCACUAUAUAGUCCAAACUGGCCUUGAAUUCUCAAUGAUCCUCCUGCAUUUUGGAAUUACAGGCAUGUAUCACUACACCCAGCUGAGAACCAGAUUUAAAGCUGGAGCCCCAGAGGGAAUUUCCAAAUUUCUUUUUUAUAGCUUUAGUGAGACUUCACUGAGAACCACGAGGAAGAGAUACACAAGAGCCACACAUACGAACUUUAUUAAACACCUAUUCACAACUGUGUUUAGAGCAGAAUUACUCCUCUUUUAGAAGUAAUUUGUUAUUUGUACAGAGAGUCACAAAAGUUUCAGGCUGCUUUUUCUGAAGAAAAAAAUCAGGCAGAAACUAUGUAUUAGUUCACCUAUUUCAUUAUCAUGAAGGCCAAAAGAAUUCUUGUGAUAAAUAAAAACAUUUUGCAAGGUGAUAUAGUUCAGUGAUAGAAUACUAGUUAGUGUGUGCAAGAUCUUGGAUUCAUUUCCCCAGCACCCUGCCAAUACACACACACACACACACACACACACACACACACACACACACACACACACUUUUAUUUUAUUUUUUUAAAGCUAAGAGCAAUGUGUAAUCCCAGCACUUGGGAAACAGACAAAGGGAGAUUAUUUGAGUCCCAGGAGUUUGUGCCUAGCAUGAGCAAUGAAGCAGGACCUAUCUCAAAAAAAGAAAGCAAGAAGUCACACAUAGCAGUGCACCUCUGUAAUCUCAUCACUCAGAUCAGACUGAGCUACAUAGGUCAAUACUAGCCUGAAUAAACUACACCUCAGGAUCUUGACCACCCCCAAAUCAACCUAAAUACUUAUCUACCUAUAACCUGAUUCUAUAGUUAGGGAAAUUUAGAAAAAUAUAUUCAUGUGAACAGAAUAGCUGAAAUACAAUGUAAAAAUGAUCCAAAAUGGGAAUUUUUUUAAAAAAAGACAGUACUAAGGACUAAAUCCAGGGUCUUUGCCCUGAGUUAGGUUUCCAGCCCUGGUUUCAUUUUUUACUUUUAAGACAGGAUCUCACUAAGUCUCUCAGUUGCCCUGACUGGAGCUGAACUUAUGGUUUCUUGCUACUGGUUCCCAGAAUGCUAAUAUUACAGGUAUGUGUCACCAUGCUCAGCCAAUUGUGGAAUUUUCUCUUUCUUUUGAGACAGAAUUUCCUUAUAUAGUUCAGGCUGGCCUCACUAUACCAUGUAGCCCAGAAUGGCCUGCAAUCACAGUGAUCCUCCUGUUUCAGCAUCGAGAGUACUGGGAUUGCAAGCAAGUGCCACCACAUCUGGCCAAUGCAGGGAUUCUUAACCCUAACGGUUCUGGGUAUGUUUAAGAGAAUGCAAAAAUCUCUUUAAAUUAUUGUUAUGAGUCCAGAGAUUUCAAUAGAUCCUAAAAGUUUUUAAUAACUCAAAGGUUAGCUGGGCAUGGUGGCACAUGCCUGUAAUCCCAGCACUCGGGAGGCUGAGGCAGGAAGACUGCUAUGAGUUUGAAACCAAUCUGAACUACACAGUGAGUUUACAGCCAGCUGAAGUGCAGAGUGAGACCUUAUCUUCAAAAAAUAAUAUGAAAAUAAAUAAAUACAUAGAUGGAUGGGUGGCUGGAUAGUUAGGAAGCCUUGAGAGAACAACGUAACCGUCCUUUCUAGUAUACACCAACUUGGCCUUGAUCUUCCUGGUAGCCAAAGCAAAAAACUAAUCCAAAAGCUUUAUCUGAUAAAAAUUACACUGGUUUAUCUAGAAGAGAGACACUUACGUACAAAAGUUUGUGAAUUAUUUAUAAAAUGAGGGCAAAUUUAAGAACAAUAAGGAAAAAUCUCUGUAUUUCUAAGGAAGUUUUGUAGAACAGGUACACUAAUGCUUCAUGCCAACUCAAGUUAAGCAGCCUACACACAGGCUGCUCGCUUUGUGAUGACCUGACUUCUGUGUCAACCCAAAGCUGAAGCCUACAAACUCUACAAGAAAGAAGUAGGACUGUCUUGAAGAAUAAAAGAUCAUGUUCCCUCCUAAUAGGAUUCCAAGCUACGCUGUUCCAUCCCCACACACAGGACACCCAGAAAAUAUCUACUACAUUAUAUUAUACAUCUUGUAGACUAGGAGCACAAUUUAAAAUUAAACAUAUCUUCUACAGGCUGGGGUGUAUAACUCAGUGGUAGAGUGAUUGUCUAUCAUGUGUAAUAAAUACCCUGAAUUCAAUCUUCAUCAUUGCAGGGAAACAAACUACCUUUCACUAUAUUAAGUAACAGAAACUUAUGUUUCAUGCAGUAUCUCCAGUUUUGCUGAUAAUUGUAAGUGUUCUCCUUGGUAAGAAUCUAAAGAUGCUAAGUAAUUGCCUAAGAAAAAACAUAUUUUAAAAGAUAAAGCAAUCAUUAGUUUGAAUAGCUGUUAGAAAUUUUAACUGUCUUCAAAAUUUAAAACUAUGCUACGAACCAUUAGAAAAACCACCUAGGUUUUCAACAGGAAUAAGUUCAAAGGCCUGCUUUAUACUUGAAACUGUGACUCUAAGAGAAAUCCUUCAACUUCUGUGCCCUUUUACCUCUAAAACACAAUUUACAGCAGUUAACCACCAUAGGGCUACUUAUUCAUGUAAAAUCCUGAGACUUGUACAUAGUAAAUGCUCAAAAAAUGUUUGCUGCUUUUAAUAGCAACAUAUGGAGAACUAAGUGCUACAGAUCCAUCAGUAGAGAAUGUAAUCACAUUGAAGACAUGUUAGACCCAUGGGUUGUUCCCUGAAAGUCCCCACUUUCUAGAUUUCCUCAUCUCAUUAAGUUAAUGUGCAGUAUCCAAAAUGAAGAUUGACAAUAUAACAGAGCUUUCAGUAAGCUUCAAAGGCUGGUUAUAUUCUUCAUAUCUAAAACUGACAUAAAACUGACGACAUUAUCUCACAGUCAAGAUAAUUUCCCUUAUAAAAUGCAUUAUAAUAUUAAGUAUGACAUUACUGUAGUGUUGCUUUAUGAAUCAAAACUGAAUUAUUAAAGGUUCAGAACUAAUACCAAAUUCCUUCUGGGCAGGACAGUCACUUAAAAUCAAGUGCUACUUCUUAGAUUUCUUGCUCAUUAGAAUUAUAUAGAAUAACACAUACUACAUACUAUUGUAAUUGAGUACUAUUUUUCCAAAAGAAAUGAGAAAUAAUCUCACUAAAGUUUCAAAUUUCACAAUUCUACUUUAGGACAAGCUACAAGACGGAGAAUUAAGCACUACUGUUAUAUUCAUUUUUGCUUAGAUAAAAUAUAAUUUUUAAUAAAAUGUAGGAAGCAGUCCUUCCAAUUGUAGGAAAUUUAGUUUCAAGGCAGAUUUAUCAGAAGUAUGAAGGGAUGCAGGCAAGUACACAUAUCACAUGUCUAGUUAUAGCAGGAUAAUGAUCCUCCACAUUACUCAAAUCUAUACUUGAUACAAAGCUUGCUCAGAAUUAACCUAUUUGAAUGAAGUACAUACCUUUUUUUUUCUUUUGCUCCUCAAGGUGUAAAGGGAUUUAUCAGGCAGAAUUUUAAAAGGACAUACUCGAGGAAGUAAGAGUGCAGGCCUUCAAGAGAGGUGUUACAGUGUGACAAGUGAAAUAUUUAUGUGCUUUGUGUGUGGAAAAUCUGUGAUAUUUGUGAAUCUACAGGAAGUUCUGCCUUUGUCUUGGUUUAGGAGGAAAAGGAUGACCUGCUCACAGAAAGAUAAAAGGCCUAAUUUAGGGUUAGUCUUUAAAAAAAAAAAAAAAGAAGAAGAAGAAGAUGGGUGAUCCACGAUAUUUUGCCUAAAACAUUCUUUGAACUUCUCCAUCUGUUCCUUAAUCUUAAAACCAGGUUUCUGUCCCUUAGCAACUAAAUUAACUUGUGGAUUUAACAUAUUUUUUCUAGAAGAAAAGACACCUGUAAUCUCAGCAUUCUGAAGGUUGAGGCAGGAGGAUCCCUGCAAGUUUGAGGCCAGCCCAGGAGACAGAGGGAAUUUAAGGUCAGUUGAAACACACAUGAUGAAACUACCUGGAAAGCAAAGCGGAGGAUCAAACCCAGAGAACACUAAUAUAACCUCGGCUGACUUUGUGUUCUAAAGUAGUUCCAAGUCUUCUCAAAAACACCAUUUCUAAGAUAUGAUUUUCUUGUCUGCUUUCCACUUACCUUUAUUUUUUUGUUCUAACUCAUUUCCCCCAGACUUUAACCCCUUGUUCUUAACUGAAGCAAAGGGGCUGAAGGUCUAUCUUCACAUAACUGUUUCAGGAGGUGGGGGUAGAGGAGGUGACUGCCUAGGCAGGGAUCAGAAGUCUUAUCCUUACUUAUUUAAAGAAUGAGUUGUACUGUUUAAUAAACAGAAAAGAGCACCAAGAUAUUAACAAGUUUUACCUUAAAACCAUGUUAAACAAGCAGGUGCCAAAAAAGAUGGAAUCUUUGUGAAUACUAGUAUCAAAAAGUUAUGGAAGUCAGAAAACAGUAGGUAGCAUUUGGCACAAUAUUAACCUCUAUUUGUGUUGAGGUAGUUACCCAAAUACAACAGGUAUUUUAGAGCAUAGAGAUUCUUCCUUGUUUGUCAAAGAAAUCAAAUAUCCUAUUUUAAUUAUAACAAUGGUCAAGGAAUAACAGUGGUAUCUCGGUUCAUGAACACUUGUUUGUGAACAAUUUAGUGCAAUCUAGAAACCAAUCUCCAGGCAACAUUUUGUUUUUGUUUGCCAACUUUUUAUCAGGUGACAAACACUAAUGUGGCUCUUUCCCACACAAACACAAAUGUGGACAUCUUUCCCAAAAUUGUGGAACAAAUUCAGUUUGUAAGCCAAGUAUCACUGUACUCUAUAAAUGGUAUUAUGUUACUGUAAAGUUGGGAACCUGGAACUUGUCUCUUAAGUUUGUAGACCUGAAGAUCUUUUGUAGUGAUUAGGUCCAGAUAAUAUAAAUAUACAGAGUAUGAGGUAGAUAACAGAAAGUAACAAGGAUUCUUAGCUACAAUGUUUAUAUUGGCAUUUUUGUCUUAUAUAGGCAUAUCAAUACAAGAAGCCAAAUCUUUUCCUGAGGUGUACUUGAAGGUACAUUAAAAUAACAUCAUAGGACUGUACUAAGAGCCUGAAGCAUACAUUUUUGGAAAGGUUUGUGUACAGGGAUUCACGGCUUCUUGUGACUGUAAGCCACAGUUUUGCAGGUGUAGCUGGACAAUAACAGUAGGGAGGGGCUGUUGCAGAGUCUGAAGCCUCUUUUAUAGUUAGCUUAGCUUUCUGUUUAAUAUUAAUUUUCUGCUAAUAUUACUCUUAUUUUAUAGUUAUACUUUUCUGCUGAGUGUGUAAGGCCAAUGCUAACUAACAUCGAUCAGUCUAACCCCACGGUAUUUUUAUCACCGUCAGUUAAGGCCCUCAGGGUUACUUUGGGACCAUGUUCAGAGUGUCUUUGCUCCUGUACUUUUUCCUUCUAUCAGUUCUGUCAUUUGCCAGGAUAGAUUGUGGUCUUGCUUGGACAUACUGCCUUUUUUUUGAAAGUGAGACAGAUGACCAGGGCAUGACAAAGCUAGCUGGGGAAGUAGAUGUGGCCUAUUAAUGACAAAAAUCAAAGGAAUACAUAUAUAAUCUUGGGAGACACAGGCACAAAAAAGUGCCAAAGCAAUGCAGCCAGACUUCUCCCAAGAACUCGAGCAGGUUUUCCAAAAGAUGGACUACACUCGACCUCAGUCUGAGACUUGAGUCACACAAAAAGGGCGGUCCACGCUGAGUUUCUACCAUGUGCUCUCCGGCAGUGGUGGCUACUCUCAUGCUGUAGGCUGUGCUUCUUUUCCUGCUUUCUCUUGGCCCAAACUCGAUCUGUACAACCUGUUUCUUUUCCUAUCUUUAAUAAAACUUUGCUACCAUU